AUGUCAGUACCGCUGUCUUCCAAGGAGCAGUCCCUGUUCAAGCAGGUCGUCCAGCUCUACGAGUCCAAGCAAUACAAGAGGGUCUUGAAGAAGGUCCCCAACCAUGGCGACACGCAGGCCAUGAAGGCCCUGAUUCUCAACUCUCAAGGCAAGACCGAAGAGGCCUUUGAUCUGGCCAAGCUCGCCCUCAAAAAUGCCAUGAAGUCCAAUGUCUGCUGGCACGUCUAUGGAUUGUUGUACCGCUCCGUCAAGAACUACGAUGAGGCAAUCAAGGCCUACAAGUUUGCCUUGCGCCUCGACCCCGACUCGCGCCAGAUUCAGCGCGACCUUUCUCUCCUCCAGGCCCAGACUCGUGACUGGAAGGGUCUCGUCGACAGUCGCAGAACCAUGCUGACCGCUUCCUCGGGCGUUCGUGCCAACUGGACUGCCAUGGCUAUUGCUCACCACAUGGCUGGCGACUACCAAGCUGCCGAGAAGGUCUUGACCAUGUACGAAGAGACGCUCAAGGUUCCCCCACCACCAACCGAUCUCGAGCACCACGAAGCCGUCUUGUACAAGAACACCAUCAUUGCCGAGUCUGGCGACUACGAACGUGCCCUCAAGGGCCUCAAGGCCAUCUACAAGUCCAACCCCGAUAGAACCGCCGUUAUGGAAUUGAGAGCAGAGUACCUGUUGAAGCUGGAUCGUAAAGAGGAGGCUGAGAAGGCAUACCGCAACUUGCUCGAAAGAAACGCCGAGAGACGCGCCUACUAUGAUGGCUUGGAGAAGUGUCUCGGUCUGGACAGAAACGAUCCCGCCGCACACAAGCAAUUGCUGGAUCUACGUGUGCCACUCGAUUUCCUACAGGGCGACGCUUUCCGCGAGGCCGCUGACGCCUACCUUACAAGAGUCUUCCGCAAGGGCGUGCCCUCAACCUUUGCCAACGUCAAGGCCCUCUACAACGACGAGUCCAAGAAACAGACCAUUGAACAGCUAGUCCUCGGUUACGUUUCCCAGAACAACGAGGAAAAUGGCAAGAACUGGGAUCUUGCCGUAAACUACUUCCUCGCACAACACUACGAUUACCACCUCUGCCGCAACCUCGAAAAGGCCUCUGAAUACAUCGAAAAGACCAUCUCUCUCAACACCAACCCUCAAGAUUACACCUUCCACCUCACAAAAGCUAGAAUCACAAAACACUCUGACCGCUACAUCAACACAAAAUGUGCAAAAUACCAACUACGAAACAACCAAAACGACACUGCUAUUGAGACCAUGGGCCUCUUCACCCGCAAGGAAGCCAACGGCGGUCCUCUGGGUGAUUUGCUCGAUAUGCAAUGCAUGUGGUACCUCUACGAAGACGGCGAGGCCUACAAGCGCCAGAACAAGCUGGGACUGGCGCUCAAACGCUUCAAGUCGAUCCACGACAUUUUCGACGUGUGGUACGAGGAUCAAUUCGACUUCCACAGUUUCUCUCUGCGCAAGGGUAUGAUUCGCGCAUAUGUCGACAUGAUCCGCUGGGAGGAUCACUUGCGCCAACACCCCUUCUACUCGAGAGCCGCAUAUUCAGCCAUUGACAUUUACGUCAAGCUUUUCGAUGACCCGAACUAUGGCUCCACAAAUGGCGACCUCAGCGAUGCAGACAAGAAGAAGGCAGAAAAGAAGGCACGCAAGGAGAAGGAAAAGGCAGAGGCAGACAAGAAGGCCGCCGCAGCCGCAAAAGCAACCGCUACCUCGGAAGAGGUGGUCAAGAAGGAGGACACAGACCCGCAAGGCGACGAGUUGCUCAAGACCAAGGACCCACUUGCCGAAGCCAUGAAGUACUUGUCACCUCUGCUCGAGCAAAGCCCUCUGAACAUCAAGUCCCAACAAGCAGGUUUCGAAGUCUUUGUUCGCAGGGAAAAGUACCUUCCUGCUUUGAAGUGCUUGGUCGCUGCUUCCAAGAUUGAUGCUGGUGAUGCUACGGUGAAGGAGCAGACUGCCCGUCUGCGCAAAACACUGUCUGAGCUCAAGGAGCCUCUACCGGAGAAGAUCAAGGAGGUCAUUGAUGCCGAGUUGGCCACGCUACCAUAG